ACAUAGGCUUUCUUCGGCAGCUGCGUAACAAAUGGAGAAAAUGUCAUAUAUAACUUUGCUUGGACUCAGGUGAAAAUUUUAUGAUUAGCGCUUAAACAAUUUAUUUAUUUAAUCCAUUGUUAACAUGUGGAGGAUUCCAAAGUUAUUAUCUUCUGUCAUCGAUCAGGGUAAGAUAGGUGAAUUUUUAUUUCAUAAACGAUAGUGACAUAUUACGCACAGAGCCAUGUUCUUUCAAGAUAAUACUUACCGCCGCGCCAGACUACAAUAUGAAAAUGACAAAAAUUUAACGGCAACAGCAUAUUUUUGUCUGUGUCAAUAGAUUGUGUUGUAACUGGAAAAAAAAGUUUAGCUGGAAAAAUAUGUAAUUUUUUUUGCGGACAGAGGAGACAUUUUCCGUGAAGCAAUCUAAUCAGAAAUUGCAGAAAUCUUAGAAAUGUUAAUUGCGGUGAUGAGAUUAAAAUGGAAAGUGGAAAUAAUGGAAAAAUACAGUGUUUAUUUUCCGACAAAAAUGAAGCUUUAAUAAUGUGAAUCGAUAUAAAUUCUACUUUUUAUCACUUAUUUAUAUGUAUAUAAGACAGAGAAUAUGUUAAUUAGGAACUAAGAGGAAAAUUAUGAUGAUAAUGUGGGGAAAUUAAAGUAGCGAAGCAUUUUGUGUAUUUGUUUAUUCACAACAAAGAACUAGUAAAAGUAUAUUUAUGAAAUGUGUAAUAAAGGUUGCCGCUUGUUAUUAGAACGUCUGCUGCGGUAUAUUUUCUGAUCUGGAUUUUAAAUGCAUAUAUAUAUAUAUAUAUCUUAAUUAGAACAGCGAGAUUUUUGUAAUGGUAAUAUAGUGUUAAUUCAGCUUUUAAUGUUUUGCUGCUUAAAAAGUAUUAACCAUGCAGAAAGCUAUAAGAUUCAACGAAAACCAGCUAAUAUACUUGGCAAACAAAUCUCGCCAAGAAAAUACAAUAGCAGGAUUUUUACACAAGAAGAGUUCCGAUACUGGAAAGUGGCAACUGCGUUAUUUUAUACUUUACCAAAAUCUUUUACUGUAUUUUGAGAACGACCAAUCAGUGAGGCCGUCAGGGGUUGCGCUCCUUGAAGGAAGCUACUGUGAACGUGUGCUGACACCUGCGGCAGUCAAAGGGAAAGAUACAGAAAAACAGACAGGUCCAUACCCAGGUUGGGGUAAUUACAAGUUAGAGUAUUGCUUUACAAUAACCUACAAGAAUGAAGGCCAGAGACAUUAUGAUCUACGGACAGAUACAGAGGCUGAGUGCAAUGCUUGGAUUGACAAUGUUAAAAGGGCACCAUAUAGUAAAGUAUUGGAACAAAAAGAAGAGUUGGAACAAAAGCAUCUUCAUCUCCUUCAGAUCCUUGACAGUGAAAGACAGUCAAAAUGGCAGUAUGUUCAACAGACCGAAGAACUCAGUCAGGAGGUUAAAAAAAUUAGGACAGAGUUGCAGAAAUUUAAGAAAGAGAGAAUAGUAUCCAACCAUUCGGUUGAUGAAGAAACAGAUGAAAUUAAGAAAAUUAAAAAGGUUCAGAGUUUUUUCCGAGGUUGGUUAUGUAGAAGAAGAUGGAAACAGAUCGUUGAAUUAUACAUACGUUCUCCUCAUGCAGAGAGUAUGCGUAAAAGGAAUAGUAUUGUUUUUAAUAUGGUGGAAUGUGAAGAAGAAUAUAACAGACAGUUAUCUACUCUUGUUACUUGUUUUUUACGACCUCUUAGAAUGGCAGCAUCAUCUAAAAAACCACCUAUAUCUCACGAGGAUGUCAAUUCCAUAUUUUUGAACAGUGAAACCUUAUUGUUUUUACAUCAGAUAUUCCUGAAAGGCCUGUGUGCUCGGUUAGAGAAUUGGCCCACUCUGGUUCUAGGUGAUCUGUUUGAUAUGCUGCUCCCUAUGCUGUGUAUAUAUCAGGAGUAUGUACGUAACCAUCACUACAGUCUACAGGUGCUUGCCGAAUAUAAACAAAAAACAGAAUUCAAUGCUCUGCUGAAAAGAUAUGAAGAAAAACCAGUUUGUGAAGGGAGAUCCGUGGAAGUUUUUCUUACAUAUCCUAUGCAUCAGAUACCUCGCUACAUUAUAACUCUCCAUGAACUACUAGCACAUACACCACAUGACCAUGUAGAGAGACAGAGUCUGGAGUAUGCCAAGGGAAAGCUGGAGGAAUUGUCAAGGAUAAUGCACGAUGAAGUUAGUGAGACAGAAAAUAUCAGGAAAAACUUAUCCAUAGAGAGGAUGAUUGUGGAAGGAUGUGAUAUUCUUUUGGAUGUUAACCAAACCUUUGUAAGGCAAGGGCCGCUAUUGCAGAUUUUACAGGAAAAAGGCAAAUCCAGCAGAGGUCGUCUAGGAUCCUUGAGUACGUCAUUUAAAGAUUCCAAAAAGGAGGUGGUACGGCAGGUCUUCCUAUUUACCAAUCAUAUGCUUUUGACAACACGGGCCUCAAAUGGAAGGCUCCAUCUCGCAAAAUCCUCAAAAAUGUUACAGAUUUUACCUCGUUCCCGUGACCAGCACUAUGGAAAGAUUCCACUUAUAGACUGUACUCUUAUUGAAGAUCCUAGUUCUGAUGUGUAUUAUUUUGAUGACGACACAAUAUCUUGGGAAAGCUUUGGAAGUUUAACUUCUGCCACAACAUUACUGACAGCUCAGGCCUGUGACAGAGAUCGCAAUAACUACAAUGGAUUAGAUUUUAAAAUUAUUAUUGAUUCAAAAAGUGGACCUCCAACAACCUUGACAUUGGUAGCUUCCACUCACCAAGAAAAAAUAGCUUGGUGUAGUGAUAUUAGUCAGUGCAUAGAAAAUCUCCAUUACAGUGACCUACUGAACUCCUCCAUGAGUGAGUCAUCUUCAGUUACGAUGCCCCAGUCUGUAAGGUCUGAUCCAAAGUUAUUUAAGGAUGACGUUGACAUCAAGUUCAGUAGAACAUUAAAUUCCUGCAAAGUGCCUCAAAUCCGUCAUGCCAGUGUGGACCGCCUACUAGAUCGUCUCACUGAUCUCAGGUUUCUAAGCAUCGAUUUCCUGAACACAUUCCUGCUGACCUAUAGGGUGUUUUCUAGUGGAAAGGUGGUGCUAGAAGCCCUUAAAAGGGUUUAUAAGAAUCCUGAACAAACUUUGGAUUCUAGCCUGUCCUCUUGCCAAUCAGCAUCAGAUACUGAUAUCUACAGUACGAGCCCACCACAACAGUUCACUGAGCAUCCACCCACCGACACCAAACUUCUUCUCAAACCUCAAGUGGAGAAACCACGUAGAAUAAGUACUGGGGAUAUGAAACAUGAAGUAUCUAUGGAGAAAAGACCAAUAAAGAAACCUCCAACGCUUGGAUCUGAAUCAUUCCAUAAAUUAGAUAGUAGAGAUUCCAUUGACAGUGACGAAACAGGAAGUGAGUUACAGAGUUUUUUAGCGCCACCAAAGCAAAAACUGGCUCCGAUUGCUUCAACAGAAACAUUGACAGAUCAUGAAGCAUGUGUUCCGUCAAUAAAGAUGGAGACUUCUGGGUCUUUAAAAUUAUCCUUGGGUGCUGGAGAAAUCGGUGAAACUUGUGAUUAUUCUAGUGACGAAGACAAGGAUUUUUUAAGUGAAUCACAAAUAUUUCUGUCAGAAUCAGAGUCCACAGAAACAUUUCACACUGCUCGUGAUCAGAGCUCAAAUACUAUUAGCUCAGCGGCAAGCUCUGACACACUGACUCCUGGAACACCAAGAUUGAGUCCCUUUCCGUCACCCAGAGUGAGUCCAAGGUUCAAUAUUAGAGGGCAAACAAAUGGCAUUCCAACAAGAAGUUUAAGUCCAGGUUAUAAAGAGAGACCACUGUCUCCAAAUAGAGGAUACCAUUUCAGUACAGAUCCUCAUAUGUUAGAAGCGUUAGCACUAUCUCCUAGUAGUCCGAUACGUAUCAUUAAACCACCUAUGUCUUCACCAAUCAGAAUUCCUUCACCUACUGCCAGAGCUGCUUCUCCUCUCAGGAGAGCUCCAUCUCCAGGCAGACGACCAUCUUCUCCAACACGACAGGAGGUUUCAUCACCAUCACUACAAAGACGGACCUCGCCUACCAGGCUAGAACUCACCCCAUCUCCCAGACGACAGUCUUCUCCAACAAGACAACUUUUACCAGCAGUGCGUGAUCGUAGACCAUCCACCCCACCUAGGUUAUCUCCCAUCAAGUCACCGAUGUCCAGUCCAAAAAUCAACCGUGCACCGUCACCCAUUAUGUACAGUAUGUCAUCGCCAAACAUUAUGUCACAUAUCAAAAGGCCAUUUACUGGUAAGAGAGGAAGUGCUGAGGCUGAGUCUAUAGGAAGUGUAUACAGUACUCCUAGGAGUAGUAUAAUCAGCGCCAGUACACCACGUAGCAGCAUUAUAAGUCAGAUAGAGGGCUCACCACCUCAGGCCAAAUCUGGUGCUGUUGUUACAUCUUCUCGUAGAUCCCAACGAAGAUCAAGUUCCACAGCAGCUUUGACAGCAUUUGCUGUUGCUACAGCUGGGUCAGUGACCUACCCUGAGAGUCCACAACCAGGUCAAGGUCAGUCACAACAGGUGCCAACAACCCAGCAAACACCAACGGUAACAGUACCUGUGUCCACACAACCACAACAACAGCAGGCAACAGCACCACCUCAGCCACAAACCACUCCAAGGACAUCAAGGGCAUUUCUACAGCCGACUACAGGGACUGGUGAUUCUCGUCUACAGAAAAAGAGAGAAUCUGUGAUAAGUACUGCUGCCACCAUGAGAGUGCUUAACAUAGUCAAACAUUGGGUGUCUAAAUUCCAACAGGAUUUUGAGAGUGACCCUGAGUUGAAGGCAUUAGUGAUUGACAUGUUAGAGGAGAUGGUGUGUAAUACUUCACUGUUACCCACGGAACACAAAGCUGCAGCAUCAAUCUUACGUACAAUCAACAAGGAAUCUCAAGAGGUCAAGAAGGUCGACUUAGAAAAGUUACUCACACCACCGGCGAUAUCUUCUAAAGACACUUUUGAUUCCCUGUCUGCAUUAGAUAUUGCUGAACAGUUGACCUACUUAGACCAUAAAAUAUUUAUCAGUAUAAGGAGCGAGGAAUUACUUGGACAGGCUUGGAUGAAGCCAUCAAAGUGUCAUAGAGCUCCUCAUGUUCUCCUUGUCAGUAAAAGAUUCAACGAAGUUAGUAGGUUGGUUGUAUCAGAAAUUGUUGGUCGCCAGACUUUGACGGACAGAGUUGUGUGUAUAGAGAAGUGGGCAGCCAUUGCUGAUAUCUGUCGUUGCAUGCACAAUUACAAUGGAGUACUCCAAAUAUGUGCAGCUUUUGUAAACAGUUCUGUGUACAGACUGAAAAAGACGUGGGAGAAACUCACAAAGCAGACGAAGCAGAUGAUAGAAAGAUUACAGACUUUAGUAUCGUCUGAUGGGAGAUUUAAGAAUAUGAGAGAUGCUCUUCACAGAUGUGACCCACCAACAAUCCCAUACCUAGGGAUGUAUCUUACUGACCUAUCAUUUAUAGAGGAAGGUACCCCAGAUUAUACAGAGGAAAAUCUUAUCAACUUCUCCAAAAUGAGAAUGAUUGCCCAUGUUAUACGAGAAAUCCGUCUAUUUCAGCAGACACCUUAUAGGAUAGAGCAUCAUCCAAGGGUGACUAACUAUCUUCUAGAUCCUGCUAGAUUACUUGAUGAUGAACAAACUUACAAAUACUCAUUAGAAAUAGAACCAAAGCAAUCACGUUUAUCAACUGUAUCCCUGCCCCCCUCAUGACCAUAGAUUCAACAUAAUAACUGGAAUAAUGUGAAGGAUACAGCAUCGUGUCGGGAAGAGUUUUUGAGUGAAGUUUUUAGUUUGGAUUCCAAAUAUUUGACUUUGGAGAUUUAAGUUUUUUCAGUGAACAGAUAUUUUAAAGAGAGAUUUGAGAUUGCAGUUCAGAUGGUGUUUGGUCGCAGGAGGAUUUUUUUAUCUUAAAUUUUGUACUACGUGUGCUUGUAAUAUUUUUAUACAGCAGAAUUUUGGACAAUUUAUACAUAGAUAUGUAUAUACUCAGAUAUGAAUUAUCAUAAACAUAUAUCUCAGAGAACACAGAUCACAACAUUGUCAAUGUGAACCUUGGAGUGAUUUUUGUGAAAGUGGAUUAAUGAAAACAUUCCAUUGAUCCAGAUUGUUGACUUAUUGUUUCCUUGGAAUUUAAUGACACUUAAUGCUGUAGUGGCUGAAAAUGAUAUAUAUCAGAUAUCCCAAAAAACAGGAAUUGAUACAAAUCCAAGGAUUAGUAUUCUAAAGAUGGAAUAUCUUACUCAUUCCAGUGGAGCACUUGUAGCUUAUCUGUUAGUGAAAAUUUAUAUUUGUUUAUUUAUUUAUAUAUUGUGAUAGAAUUUGGGGUUUGGACCAAUUUUAGAUACACAAAGCAUUUCAGUCCAGAUUAUAAACAUGGGGUUUAGACCAAUUUUAAAAUACACAAAGCAUUUUUGGUCCAGAUUAUAGCAGUUG